AUGGAGCCGGACGACACCGUGGCGCUAUACGAGCGCAUUUUGUCACUGCUAAAGCCCCGGAAUCUUCACUGUAGCUCAAAUCUCAUUCUUCAAGAUGAUAUUUUAGCUCUACGAAGCUCAAUUGACAGCGUUGUAGCAUCAUUUGUCAAAGUAGAGGAAGUACGUGAUGCAGUGAACCAAUUGAAGCACGGCAAAGUAUCGACCUGUUUUAGUAAAAGCCUAUUGGAUGAAAUGAAUCGUACAGUGCAAUUGCAACAGAAAUUGCAAGAGACAUUGGAAAAAAUCGCGACUCGGAUGGAAGUAGCCGAUGUCACUUUUACAAUAGAAAAAGAAGAAGAAAAACGAGAGAAACGGAAGCGAAAACAAGUGAAAAAUGGCAACAAAAACGAAGAAAAGAUGAAUGAAGUGGCGUCAUGUGUGUCUCAGGACGAGGAUGACCAUAAACGUAAAAAGCAGAAAAGAAAACCAGUUAGUGAGAACGAGGAGAAAAAAAUGAAAGAAGAAUCUGCUAAGAAGAAGCAACAAAACGACGAUCUGUCGAUAGCAAGCAAAGCUCUCACGGAAAUAUUAAAGGUCAGGACUGUUAACAAGAGGAUGCAGGUUGAGUCAAAGAAUACGUGGGUACUGGCCCUGUUCGAUAUCAAGCGUGUUCUCAAGCACCAAUCUAGUCACAACGCGCAGACUAUAGACAAAUCAGCACUUGAAGUUGUUGCUCGCGCGUUAAACGCUGCAAUUGUUGUUUUUAGAAACCUGGAGUGGACGGCUGAACACAUAAAGGAAGUGUUAUCUGUCAUCGCUGUUCUGACUGAUGCGUGCUCAAAGAACGAGACGCUUCAAAGUUUCUUUCACCAAGCUCGAGUUCAACUAGAAAGUCUGGAGAUGAGUAUCCAUGCUCCUCUUACACAGUCAUCGGUCAAUACAAAGCCGGCAAGCGCAGAUAGCUCGCUGGAUCAGCUGCAAACUUAUCACAAUCUCGUCAAUGACAUGCACACACAGCCUCCUAGAGCCAAAGCGAAGCGAAUCCUUCAAGCUCUCAUUGCGAUACAGCAAGUGAUGGCAGGAGAUGACUUGGGUACGCACCAGAUAGAUGUGCGACAUUCGAUUACCGACGUGAGGCGUUGGAUCUGUGAGACCCCCAAUCAAAAUGAUCUGUCCACGGAAUAUACCCGCUUUGCAAACGGCAUCACUGCUUAUAGUAAAAUCUUUCCAGACAAGCCCAAGCAAAUGGAAUGGCAAAGACUUGGUGCCAGCGUACUCACGCUACUGGAUGAAAAGACUAACUUAUCUCAACCGGCAAGCACUCUUCAUUUGCAUUCGAGGUUUUCGACUACGACGAGUAAGAUACAAGCUCGACUGGUGUCGGUAAUGGAUCUAGUGGAACAAUGGCAAGACGGGAUUUUCUCUAUGAAUCAAGUCGACAUGGCGUUAAAGAUGCUUAAUGAGGUAGUAUCUUACAAGUCGAAGGAUUGGAAUCCGUAUUCGGAUCAAACCGUGCGCGACUGUCUAGAGAAGCUGACUACCUGCAUCAAGAUGAUCAAUCGAGAAGAAGGCAAGACACACCGUGACAAAUGUUUGAAGACGUUAAGUAGGUGGAUAGCUGCUUGCAACAAUCUUCGCUGA